UUUACAGGAUCCGGCUGUUAUGAUUUUUGAUUCUUCUCAAGCUUCUUAUGUGUGCUAGGGUUUGGAAAUUCAAUACUGUACUAUACAGUACUGUAGAAGAAACUUUUUCGCAUCCGGCAAGCUGCAGAAUAAAUAUACUGUACAGUACAUUGUAAAUUUGAAUUCUCUUGAAUAGGAGCAUCAAACGGAUUGGAAAUUUCACCGUCCGGAUAAUUGAAUGCCUUAAUCAAUUCGCACUUGUGAUGUAAUUACCGUACUUCAUGCAGAAUUUAUCCUCAUUGAACGGAAAGCCUUGAUAUUGAACGCUAAUGAUACUUAGCGCGCCAUGUUGCUUUCGUGUCCGAUUUGUCUGGAUGAUCCUGUUUUCAUGACAAAGAUGUUUGUAUCUACCCCAUGUGGGCAUGUUUUUCAUAAGGAAUGCGUCAAUAAGCUGAUACCAAGGAGUGUUGGCACAGUUUCCGGCUUGGAUCCUCCCUUCGUAUUCGUCAUCGAGUGCCCGCAAUGUCGUCAAAUCGUAAAAAAAGAAAGCGUCAUGCCCAUUGUCGAAUACCAUCAGGCAUGCAAGUCCCGGGAGCUCGUUGCUUCUCAAAGGAUUGAAAAGAAAUUUGGUACAGUUGGAAACGCUAAUGAUACCCAAGCUAAACGUUGCCAACUUUUAAGUGGCAUGCAGGUGGAUUUAUUAUUCAAACUGCAGCGCCAGCUAGAAGAAGAGGAAAAGAAGUUUUUGUUGGCGACUGAUCGCGAAGUCAAAGAGCAGGACCGCUUGCAUAGCUUGAAAUCUGUAUUGAACCACGAAAGAGGAUCAAUUUCGGGCUUGAAGGCGCAUGUGAGGUUUCUGAAAGCUGAAUAUAAAGCUGAGUCGGAUGCGAUAAAGCAGACUCAACCGGAACUGAAAAAAUUGGAAGCAGAGUUGCUUUUGUUGGAGCGUCGUCGAAGAUGCAUUCGUCGUAAAUUCGUAAUGAUAAUGCCUGCUGCUGUUGUGAAGUAUGUGUACGUGUACGUGUAUGUUCGGACGAAGAUAAAAGGCUGGCUUUCCACAGAUUCAGAUCCUGUUGAAUCACAGCAGAACCCUUCGGAUUUUGCUGUGUGA